CUUUCCCGCCCUGGUGAUCCCCGGAAGUCAUUUCCUUAUUGUACCUUUUUCCCUCUUCAGUCUUCCUUCGGUACAGUCUGAGCUGCGUUGCGCUAUUAGCCUUCCUAGCAUAUGUGCGUUUUUUACAUUAUUGCGAUCACGGAUUUUAUCGUAUUAUUUGUGAGAAUGGAUUCUCUUUAACAGUAAGAUGUCCAGGAAAAGUGACGCAGGAGCCGAUAUGAGCUGCAGCAACUGGCUGGGUUGUGAGCCUGACACCCCCGACCCUUUUGACCAGGCCUGUCUUUCGGGCAAAAGGAACUUCCUUUUUGACCAUGCCGAAGAUCACGGCAACUUCGGUUCACCAGGCAUCAUUGUCCCGGAAACUCCCAGUCCGGAAUACUGCGGAAGGAGACGCAGGAUCAGGAUCCCGGCGCGGCGGGAAAACGGUGCGGAAUUCCACGGGCGGGACGCAGCCGGCACCGGCCCGGCAGGAAGUGAGGUCGCCGGGGAGGAGGGGGCGUGCCCUGACGACGUUGGCGCGGCCCCGUCGCGGCACAGGCCGAAGCGGCGGAAGCUGUGUCUCCUGGCCGCCGGUUCGAGGGCGGGCGCGGUGACGGGCGGCGGCUUCGUCCCCGCCUCCUCCCUGAUGGCGGCGGUAUCCGCCGAAUCGGCGCGGCUCCAGGCCGGCUCCUCCUCUUCCUCCUCCUCUUCCUCCUCCCGCGAGCGGGCCGCCGACGGGGAUUCUGGGAAACGCGCGCCGGAUCGCGGGGAGCGGGCGGUACGCAGGAAGAGGAAGCCCGGAGAGGCGGGGCCGUCCGAACUCUCCGGACGGGGCGGGGUUAACGCCCAGCCCGGCGAGGAGGCUGCGGCCGGCCUGCUGUCCAGUGACGCGGAGCGGGCGCGCUCAUUCCGGUUCGACUGGGACAGCCACCACCCUACCGGCGUCAAGGGGGAGGAGCACAUCAUCAUCAGCGACGAGGACGAUGACGUCACCGCGGCUGUGGUUCGCUCGGCUCAGGUGGAGGAAGAUGAGGCUUUCGCGCGAAGCCUGCAGGCGCAGUUUGACAGGGAGGAGCGGGAGGUGGAGCAGAGGAGACAGCAGGCCAGGCCCAUCAGCAGUCCCACCCACUCAAAUGGCCACCCAUGCGAGUACCAUGGAGGGUGGAGUUUGAUGUCCUCUCUCACCUCCAUGAUGGACUCCAACGCAUCGUUCCUGUACAGUUUCCCAGAGACGUCCGCUCUAACAGACAACAGGUCGGGUAGACGCGGCGGGGGCCGCGCCCAAUCACAGCGCUCCCGCGGACGCCCCCGUCGCCAGGCCCUCUCCUCGCUCGACGACAGCCAGGGGAACAACUACGAGGCGCUGCUGGCUUUCGAGGAGAGGCAGGGGCCGGCCGUCGCCAAGAACUGUCUGAGCCAGAGAGAGAUCCAGCGGCUGCCGACCAAAACUUUCAACCCCGCCUACUGCGCCGGAAAGACCGACUGCCAGAUCUGCUUCUCUAGCUACACGGAAGGCGAAGAGCUGAGGAUGCUCCCCUGUCUCCAUGACUACCACGUGCAGUGCAUCGAUCGCUGGUUAAAGGAGAGCUCCACCUGUCCCAUUUGCAGAGUCGAUGUGUCUGAAGGUGGCUGUCUAAAGGAGACACUGUGACCUCACAAUAGCCCCCCCCCUUCCGUGUCACAAUGUGGCACUGUGACACGGGGGGUCCAGCAGGAGGUAGGGGGGCGGAGAAAGAACUGCGGGUGGCAGCGGCUGAUUGGAUGCAGCUACAGCUGCCCUUGAAUUGGUAGAAUCGGGGGUCACUGCGUGAGAGACAGUCUCUGUCAAAGUAUUGAAUUGAACUUCACGUUACCACUAGGGGGCAGAAAACACCAAAAACUGAGGCGAAUCCAACACAGUCGCUGAGCAUUACCUGUUUUAGUUUUUAUCGUAAGUGUGUAAGGGUAGUCACGCAGAACCAGUUCACCCCAAAGGACUCCGGUCUGGCAAUUCUGCCUGGUCUGCUGGAUUAUAAUUCCAAAGCUUCCCUUGCUUUUAUCUUGGUUUCAUUUGGUCGAUGGCGCUGUUCUAUUGAUGGAUCGUAUUUUAUUCAUAAGUCUUAAUGAGCUGGGAUUUCGACUUUUUUUUUUAUUUUUAUAUAUACACAUUUUUGUAUAGAAUAAAUCGAAAUGAAAGAAUAAUAAAUUUUUUUAAAUCUGCAA